GUGAAUGGUUUUAUUUAUUUACAUUAGUGCCGUGAAUUUCUUUAAAAGUAUAUUAAAACGAUUUAAGCAACAAAUUAUAAUUGAAUAAAGUAAGCCAGCCUUAAGCAUACAUUAUAUAAACUAUUUCAUUACCAAAGAGAUACUGGAUACUGAAAGAUGACUGCAGAAGUAAUCGAAUCUCAAGAUUCUGAUAUCGACAGCAUAGCUACUCUUGGUGCAUCCAACAGAAGUGAUGUAAAUACACGUUCGCCCGAUCAACGAAGUCAAAUUGAUGAAAUAUGUGAUUUUCUCAGUUUCAAUGAACAAAUUAUCUUUAAAUCGCAACAAAUUGAUGAUCCGGAACUCUUGCGCGACGAAAAAGUGAAAAUUGCUCGCGAAAUAUACAGAAAAAGCGCACAAACCUUUCUGAUGCGUUUCGGCAGCUUUUUAGACGAACAACAUCUUGCUACAUUUGCACAGAUUGUUAUAGCCAACAAAGAAACCAAUGAUGAAAUUGCAGUGCUUCUUACGGAUUAUCGCAAUAAGUUGCAUACUCGCAAGCGGGAUGUAAAGAACCGCCGUUACGCAGCUAUGCAGCAACUAAUUUCGGAUGGUGAAUAUUUCAGUGAGCAAGAAAUGAUGAAACGCGCUCCGGAACUGUAUCAAGAGCUGAUUGGACAAUAUUUAAGUGACGCAGAAAAAAAGCAAAGAGACGAAUAUGACGUCAAAAACACAACCUUCUCUGGCAUAUUGAUGCAUACUAUGGAACAACAGCAAAUGCAAGACGUGCUCAAAUUAGCGGACAAGCAAAAUGUCAAAAGCAGACAGUUGGAGCGUGCAAUUGAAUUGCACGAUAUUAGUGGAGAUGACACAACACAAAGUACAAAUAGUAGUACAGACGAGAAAAUCGAAGAAAAAGAAUGUAACACCAUGGAUGAUGAAGUACCCGUUAGUUUCCGUCAACAAUGGGGUAAUUUCGAUAAUGAACAAGUGGCUUGUUCAACCAGUACAAAUAGCCAUCAAGCACAGAAAAAUAAAAGAGAAAAACACAAACAAAAGCAAAUAACAAAAGUCAACAGAGAACAAAAUACAGAUAAAUUUAUAACAGCGGGCGAACGGGAUCUUCUGCGUCAAGAAUUUAUUGGUAUUAUGCAUGAACAAUUCCUCAGUGGUGGUGAUAAGGACUUUGAUUACACACAGGUGGAUGAUAAUACGCAAUUAGAUGAUCUCAGCCAAAUAAAUCAAGACAAAGAAGAUGCUUAUUUCGAAGAGAGCGACUAUUCGGAUGAAGAAGGCAGUGAUAUUAGAAUAGAAGCAAAGGAAAAUCUGGAGGCCGAAGAAUCGGACGAUGACCUUGAUGUGUUUAUGAAUCAUUUAAAUAAACACCAUAGUUUACAGAAAUAGAUUUACGACCUGUUAUACACAUAAAUUAUUAAAAAAACCAGUGAACUCACUUCAAAAAAGGUCGUUUUCUGUAGUAAUCCCCACUUUUGAUAUGCUAUUUGCAUUAAUGACAAAAUCUUUGAUAUUAGGCAUAUAAUUUUGUAGUUUAUUUUUU